ACACUGGAGAGAUGCUGUUCACAUGCUCAGACUGCGAGAAGCAAUUCACUGAAUCAUCUGACCUACUGGCACACCAGUCAGUUCACACUGGUAAGAGACCAUUCACCUGUUCAGACUGUGGGAAGGGAUUCACUCAGUCAUCUCAAUUGAAGGCACAUCAGCGAAUUCACACUGGGGAGAGGCCGUUCACCUGCUCUGAAUGUGGGAAGGGAUUCACUCAGUCAACCCACUUAAAGAUACAUCAGUCAGUUCACACUGCAGAGAGGCCAUUCACCUGCUCCGACUGUGGGAAGGGAUUCACUCAGUCAUUCCAACUACUGGCACACCAAUCGGUUCACACUGGGGAGUGGUCAUUCACCUGCUCGGACUGUGGGAAGGGAUUCACUCAGUCCUCUAAACUGAAGGUACAUCAACGAGUUCACACUGGGGAGAGGCCGUUUACCUGCUCAGACUGUGGAAAGAGAUUUGCCCAGUCAUCUCAUCUGAAGGUACAUCAGCGAGUUCACACUGGGGAGAGACCAUUCACAUGCUCAGACUGUGGGAAGGGAUUCACUGAGUCAUCUACUCUGAAGGUACAUCAGCGAUGUCACACUGGGCAGAGACCGUUCACUUGCUCAGACUGUGGGAAGGGAUUUACUCGAUCACCUUACCUUUUGGCACACCAGCGAGUUCACACAGGGGAGAGACCGUUCACCUGCUCAGACUGUGGGAAGGCAUUCACUCAGUCAUCUCAACUGAAGGUACAUCAGCGACUUCACACUGGGGAGAGGCCAUUUCCCUGCUCGGACUGUGGGAAGGGAUUCACUCGAUCAUCUUACCUACUGGCACACCGGCGAGUUCACACUGGGGAGAGACCGUUCACCUGCUCAGACUGUGGAAGAGGAUUCACUAAGUCGACCAACCUACAGAGACACCAACGAGUUCACACUGGGGAGAGACAUGCUCAGACUUUGGCAAGGGAUUCACUCAGUGGAUCCACCUACAGAGAUGCCAGUCAGUUCACAUUGGGGAGAGGCCAUUCACCUGCUCAGACUGUGGGAAGGGAUUCACUGAGUUAUAGAAACAUAGAAAAUAGGUGCAGGAGUAGGCCAUUCGGCCCUUCGAGCCUGCACCGCCAUUUAUUAUGAUCAUGGCUGAUCAUCCAACUCAGAACCCAGCCUUCCCUCCAUACCCCCUGACCCCUGUAGCCACAAGGGCCAUAUCUAACUUCCUUUUAAACAUAGCUAAUGAACUGGCCUCAACAGUUUGCUGUGGCAGAGAAUUCCACAGAUUCACCACUCUCUGUGUGAAGAAGUUUUUCCUAAUCUCGGCCCUAAAAGGCUUCCCCUCUAUCCUCAAACUGUGACCCCUCGUUCUGGACCUCCCCAACAUCGGGAACAAUCUUCCCGCAUCUAGCCUGUCCAAUCCCUUUAGGAUCUUAUACGUUUCAAUCAGAUCCCCCCUCAAUCUUCUAAAUUCCAACGAGUACAAGCCCAGUUC